CAGAGAUUGGUGAACCGUAGCAGGGGAUGAAGGCGUUGCCGUGAAGUGCUUGAUGUUGUAGUUGUUGCCUCUGACUACACUGAAGAGGUACCGUCAAAAAGUGUUUUUGUACAGAUAAGAACGUGUUACAAGGAAGCUUAAUAUACUGAGUUCCCUGACCAGCGUCCUAUCAAAAAGAGACCAGUCCAGCAUGGACGAACCCAAACUAUUGGGGUACAAGGCUGCCAGGCCUGACACAGCAAACGGAAAUGUGUCUGCCUCAGAAGUGCCAGUCAAAGUAGACAAGGGCGACAUGGAGAUGUCCUACUCCCCUGUACAAACAGAUGAUGAGAACAGUCCCAGUAAAAAACUACCCCCUGUCGAGGUUAUAGACUCAAAAGGAGGGAAAUCUGCAAAUAUGAGUAAUGGUGCGGCUGUUGACAUGCCUAAUGGGAAAUCCGGUGGUGCAGACGAGAACAACGGAAAAGAUGAUGCAAAAAAGAAAGAGGAGAUCAAAAUGGUGGGAACCUUUGAACUGUUCCGUUUUGCUACAUGUCUGGACUUCAUCCUCAUGAUACUGGGCACACUUGGAGCCUGUGUCCAUGGGGCAGCAUUGCCCUGUAUGAUUAUCGUGUUUGGAGAUAUGGUGGACUCUUUUGUCGGCUAUGGCGUUCUCUUCAGAGUUUUGGGAGAGCAGGGUAUAACAUCUGAUGAAUACUUUCGGAACGUGACGAUACAAGAGUAUCUGCGUGAUAACCACAGCGUGCCUAUUACAGAGGUACCCAAUCUUCUCGAGCAGAUGAAGACGUUUGCCUACUAUUACAUAGGUAUUGCUUGUGCAGUCAUCUUGGUGGGCUACCUCCAGGUGUCCAUGUGGGCGAUGGCCGCUGAACGUCAGACCAAGCUCAUCAGGGUGAAGUUUUUCAAGAAUAUUCUGAGGCAGGAGAUUGGCUGGUUUGACAUGAAUGACUCUGGAGAGUUGAACACAAGACUGUCAGAUGACGUGAACAAGAUCCGAGAGGGAUUGGGUGACAAGAUCGGCAGUUUCUUCCAAUGGAUGUCGGCUUGUUUGGCCGGAAUCAUCAUCGGCUUUGUGUAUGGCUGGAAACUCACUUUGGUCAUUCUGGCAGUUAGUCCUGCACUGGCCUUCGCCGCUUUCAUCAUGUCGAAGAUGGCUGCGGACAUGACAAGCCUGGAGUUGAAGGCGUAUGCUAAAGCAGGGGCAGUGGCAGAGGAGGUGCUGGGGGCUAUCAGGACAGUGGUGGCGUUUGGAGGCCAGCGGAAGGAGUGCGUAAGGUAUGAUUCCAACCUCUUGGAGGCUCGAACAACCGGAGUGAAGAAAGGCAUGAUCACCGGGCUUGGCAUGGGAUUCAUCUGGCUGGUAGUGUUUGGCUCGUACGCGCUUGGCUUUUGGUACGGGUCCAAACUAAUCCGAGAAGACGAUGACUAUUCCGCAGGGAGGGUGUUCUUCAGUGUCAUCAUUGGUGCAUUUUCCAUGGGCAAUGCGGCCCCAAGUCUACAGACACUCUCUACUGGUAGAGGGGCAGCUUAUGCUGUGUAUACAAUGAUUGACAAGAAUCCUCACAUAGACAGCAGCUCAGAGGCAGGUGAAAAACCUGCUGACGCUCAAGGUAAUAUAACCUUCAAGGACAUCCAUUUUACCUACCCGUCCCGAGAGGACACUAAGGUGCUGAAUGGUCUGAGCUUUCAGGUGAAGGUUGGCCAGACGGUUGCUCUGGUGGGAUCAAGUGGCUGUGGUAAGAGUACCACUGUCCAGCUUCUGCAGCGGUUUUACGAUCCAGCCUCCGGCACGGUGGAGGUGGACUCCCGUGAUAUCCGAACUCUGAAUGUCCGCUGGCUACGACAGCACAUCGGAGUGGUCAGUCAGGAACCUGUGCUGUUUGGGACAACAAUCGCGGAGAACAUUCGCUACGGUCGGUUGGACAUCAGUCCAGAGCAGAUAGAAGAGGCUGCCAAGCAGGCCAACGCUCACGACUUCAUCAUGCAACUCCCACAGAAAUACGAGACGCUAGUAGGAGAGAGAGGCGCUCAGCUCAGUGGUGGUCAGAAGCAGCGUGUAGCCAUUGCUCGUGCCCUCGCCCGUAAUCCCAAAAUCCUGCUGCUGGACGAAGCUACGUCUGCUUUAGACAUGGAGAGUGAAUCUAUUGUUCAGGAGGCCCUGGAGAAGGCUAGCCAUGGACGUACCACCAUUGUCAUCGCUCACCGCCUGUCCACUGUCAGAGGUGCAGACGUCAUCGUUGGCAUCCAGAACGGCGUUGUUGUUGAACAGGGGAGCCAUGAUGAGCUGAUGAAGGUGGAGAAUGGGGUGUACUAUCGCUUAAUAACAUCUCUACUGUCCAAGACAUCCAAGAAUAAAAAAUAUUUCCUCAUAUUCCAAAAGGAGGAGAAGCUUCCUGACGCCCCCAUGGGCCGAGUCAUGAAACUAAACGCCCCAGAAUCCUACAUUCUCGUUGGUUGUUUUGCUGCUCUCAUUAAUGGAGUUCAACCAGCCUUUGCCAUCCUGUUUGCAGAAAUCUUGGGCGUGUGUUCUGGUGACAUAGUACUUGCUGUUGAUGUGACAAAUCUAUACUUGCUGUUGACGGGUGUGUUCUGGGCUGCCUUGAGGAAGGGUCACAUUUAUGGAUUUGCUUUCGGAUUUUCUCAAGCCAUUAUUUUCUUCGCGUAUGCUGCCUCAUUCUACUACGGUGCUGUCCUCAUAUCCAAUGAUGAAAUGAAUUACACUGACGUUUUCAAGGUGUUCUCUGCCAUUGUCUUUGGAGCUAUGGGACUGGGGCAGGCCAGUGCCUUUGCCCCGGACUUCGCCAAGGCUAAGGCUUCUGCAUCACGCAUAUUUAUGCUUGUGGACAGAGUACCGGACAUUGAUAGUUCCUCUGAUGAGGGUAAAAAACCAGCUCCAGGGAGCUUUGAAAGUGCUGUGACAUUCACUGAUGUCAAGUUUCAUUACCCUACUCGCCCAGGAGUCACGGUCCUUGACGGACUGAACAUCAGUGUCAACCCCGGGCAAACGCUCGCCCUGGUGGGUAGCAGUGGCUGUGGCAAAAGCACGUCAGUAGCCCUUGUGGAGAGGUUUUAUGAUCCGACAGAUGGACAAGUGUUUCUGGACAAGUACGGUCUUAAGGAGCUGAACAUCCAGUGGUUACGUCAGCAGGUUGGCAUCGUAUCCCAGGAGCCUGUGCUGUUUGACCGUAGCAUUGCAGAGAACAUCGCGUACGGGGACAACACGCGUGAAGUGUCCAUGGAUGAGGUGAUCCACGCUGCUCGCAAUGCUAACAUCCACAACUUCAUCCAGUCUCUACCUAAUGGUUAUGAAACAAGUGCUGGAGACAAAGGGACACAACUCAGUGGUGGUCAGAAACAGCGCGUGGCUAUUGCCCGUGCUCUGGUUCGCAGUCCCAAGAUCCUGCUGCUGGACGAAGCGACGUCAGCACUCGAUACAGAGAGUGAACAGGUGGUACAGGAAGCCUUGGACAAAGCCAGACAAGGACGCACCUCCAUUGUCAUUGCUCACCGACUGUCGACCAUUCAGAACGCGGACAAGAUCUGUGUGAUCCACCAUGGCCGUGUGGUGGAGGAAGGAGUUCACUCAGAGCUCAUGGCCAAACAGGGUUUCUACUACAGGUUACAGAUGAUCCAGGCCAGAAAAUGAGGCCAUUCAAUAUUCGAUACAAGAAGCUUUUGUGAACUCUACCUGUCUGACAAAUAACCAAACAUUUCCCUGGCUACAGAAAGACUUGACUUACUUGAGAUGA